GCUCCUAGCGGGUACGGCGCCCUAGUUUCCCUCAGAUCUCGGCCAUGCCUCGGGCAUUCCCAUGUAUAGGUGCCUAAUCCCUUUUCUCCCUGAGCGAUUGGGCCAUUGGCAUUCGGGUUGGUUGCACUGAAGGCUAAAACUCCGUUCGAAUUGGUACAUGGUGGCUCUGAGGAGUAGGCUAUGUAACUGCGGCUCAUUAGAGCGCCUUUGGCGGACAGGUACGAUUCCUUACUAUUUAAACGAUUGGUCCCAGCAAUGAUCUUGCUUUUAUACCCCGAUCUCUUCGUCCUUUAGCGCCCUUUAGCAUAUAUGCCUGCUCUUAAGUCAACCAAGGGUCAUGGAUCCCGGGACUGCACUCGGAGUGGUAUCUUUAGCAUUCCAAGUCUUCGCUGGCUGCAUAAAAGGGUGCCAACUGCUGUUAGAUGCCAGAGAUCUACCGCAAAAUUACGGGUAUAUGAGGCAUCGGCUUCAUCUGGAACAGCUGAAACUGCUAGACUGGUGGAAUGCAUCCGACUUCGCAGCAGAAACUAUUUCCGAGGAUGACCCUUUGGAUGAGAGGACGCAAGCCCUACUGGACUCUUUGGUUGAGAUCAGGACUCUAACCCUUGAAUUUGGCCGGAUUAAAGGACGGUAUGAUCUUAUGUUGAAGAUAGUCGACGGUCGUCAAAGGAGCAGUACCCCAUCCAUCACGGGUUUGCUUACGCCCGAAUUUUUAGGCACGCGCGAGAUUCUGCGACAAAAAGCCCUCCGAUAUGCCGAUAUAGUUCUAAAAUGUCCGACGAUGCUUCGUUGGGCCAUGUUCGAUGCGACGAAAUUCGAACAACUCCUCGCUAAGUUAACUGAAUUAAACAACUCAAUGCACUUCAGCCUCGAAUUUAAGCAACGGUGUCGGUACCUUCAAUUCCAAGAAACCACCCAACUGCAAUUUCUACAUUUAUUCACCAAAUUAGAUCAAGUUGUUGAACUUCUUCGGUCGCUCCGUUUGCCUCCACAAAAUUCUCUGGACGGAUCUCAGGCAGACUCGGACGACGGUGUACUCAAGACGUUAGGGCAGCUAGCCCGUUUUAAGGCUCUCUACAUAAGUGUCGACGAUGACAAUUUACCAUCUGAGGAGAACAUUACUGCCCGAAUCGGGCUCCAAAUUUCGUCCCCCGGAAGCCUUAAAUUGUCGCUGUCGCACCUGAAGUUUCGAGAGGACCAAGAAGAACAGAAAGCUCAGCGAGUCGCUGGGACAUAUGACAACGCUCUUGUAUGGGUUGAAUGGAAAGACUAUGGUGAAUGGAAUACGACCUUGGCGUAUAGUUAUGUUGAAGAUCGGGUCGCGCGCCUUGCAGCGUUAUUCCUGGACAACCCAGAUAAGCCCAGGGGACUUCGACUCCCUACAGCUCAUGGCUAUGUCCACGACCCUGUUUCCACUCGCUUUGGGCUUGUUUUUGAGUUGCCCGCCAUAGGGAGCAUAUCGGUUCCGCAGUCAUUAUAUACCAGAUUACAAACUACAAUGAAGCCUUCCUUAACUACCAGAUUGGACAUGGCGCGGAAGCUCACCGCAAGCCUAGAGCAUCUUCAUGCAACAAAAUGGCUCCAUAAGGGUCUGCGAAGUGACAAUAUCCUGUUCUUGACAUCUUCAUCAAGCUCAGAUUGGAUGUUGUUCUGUCUAGCCGGGUUCGAUUACUCUCGUCCAGCAAAUCCAGGUGCACUCACGGAGCUCCCCAGCGAUCGGAGGGAACAUGAUCUGUACCGUCACCCGAAUGUACAAUUCGAUGUUCCUCGAGAGGGUGAGUAUGGGUAUAGGGAGGAGCAUGAUGUUUAUAGUCUUGGGGUGGUCCUGAUGGAAAUUGGCCUCUGGCAGCCGAUCCACCAAUUUCUCGGGAUAUCCCUAAAUCGACUUAUACCGCGCCCAAAAGUCAGGGAGGUUCGAAAACAACUAUUAAAAGUUGGUUCUCUAGCGACCCUUGAGGCAGAGACCGGAUGUAGAUACUCAGAAGCUGUCAGGAUAUGUCUUGAAGGCAAUCCAUGGGCGAACUUUACAGCACUACAGGAGGAUCGUGAGCCGGUAAGGACCUCAAGAAGUAGAAUAAAUAGAGCCCAAGAAAUAUUGCAAAGUAUUCAGAUGUAGGAGGAAGUGGUUGUAACUACAUUAUAUAGUUAUACUUAAUAACU